AUGAAAAUCCUCGAAGCUCAUUUGCAACAUACACUCCAACUAUGCACAGCAUGGUUCGGAAAAGAAUACUCCAACACAUUGGAAAGUUACGUUGGGUCCCUUGAAUCGUUCACCUUUAUGGAGUAUGCAGUGUGGAUUGGAAAAUCUGAUGUUGUCGGUUCGCUACUUAUUGGGGGUGUAAAUCCGUGUGUUCGCAGCGUGUACUCGGCAACCGGUAGAACAACAGAGAAAAAUUGGGACGAGGAGAUGUGGAGAACGGGUUCCAAAGUUCUGGUUCGAUUCUUUGAUGCUUUUCCGUUACCACUCUCCAGUUAUAUUGUCAAACGAGUGGUAGAAAUGCGAUUGGAAGCGUACAAGGGGAAACACUUUCGGGACUCUGAAGUGUGUCCCUUGAGUGGACGACUGGCCCCGCCGGGCGCGUUAUUACAGUUUGGACCAGAUGGAGACGUGUUCAGUGAGCCAUGCUUCUGGGAGCAUCUAUUGUCCCACGUUGACUCUAUGAGGAGCAACGAAGAUGUUGUUGCGAAUCCUUGUUGCGAUUCCCCAGUGAAUCAUCACGACGUCACUUUUGCAGAAACCAAAGAAUUAAGUCCUACGCAAAAACGACUCGAGUCUUUGCAACGGCUUCAUUCGCUACCUGUCAAUGGAAAGGAGCUAAAAACAAGGAUCAAGAAGAAAAAGAAAAAAGUUACGGUCGCUAAAUCUUGGUUCAGUGCUAUUCGUCCAUCAUUGGGCUCCAGUCAAGACGUUCGAAGGGACAAGUUCUUCACCUAUGUUGAUCGCAACGCAAUUCAGUACAUCAAAGCUUGCAUUGAUGCAGGGGUCGACUUAGAGUGGAGCAAUGAGUAUGGUCAAACCGCUUUGUACAUUUGUAUAUGGAGAGGCUAUACCGAGAUGGGAAAUGUCUUGGUAGACUGCGGUGCUAGUUUGUCAGCUGUUGCAAACGGAGGAUCAUCAAUCCUUUCAUUACUGGAUGCCACAGAGAAGGACUUGAGCAAAUCUGGCCUGUAUCUGGAGAAAUCUCAACGACAGAGUGACAACAACCAAAUGAUUAAAGAGAUCUUUAGAUGUGCUGAUGAUCAGCAUAGUGACCCUCAGCCAGCAACUAUACUGAUUCCUAAGGAGUCCAGCCAUCCUGGUGCCAGUUCCUUUACAGUUGAGGAUGCCUUUUCUCCAUCCCAAGUUGAACUUCUCUUGGAGCUGUGCGAAAGCCUUCCCAUAGAUUUGGAUCAAAAGAAGAAAGGUACACAGUGCUCGGAUCGAUCGUACUACUGCGACGCUGAGGGGUAUAUUCGCCAAGUUCUCGAAAGUGCUAUUUCAAACGCCCUUGUUGCAUCCUCCGACGACGUGGUUGUAUUUCCUUAUAUGAGAUUCCUCAUGUACAAAGAAAAGGGCACAAUACUUGCUCCGCACGUGGACUUGUGUCGCGUUGAUCAUGCUUCAGGCCGACGCAGUACGCAUACAUUCAUUGCUUAUUUGACUGAUAAUAAUGACAGCGGCGAAACAACUUUGUUGGGUGACGUCUCGGGAGAAGGGAGGUCAAAGAUCAUGGCUCGAGUGUCACCACGACGAGGUCGCCUGCUAGUCUUCCCCCAUGUGUGCCCUCAUGAGGGGAACGAAGUGGAUCAGGUUCCAAAAAUAAUUCUUCGUGGCGAGGUUAUGCUUCCAGAUUCCUCGAAGGCUGACGAGCACUGA